UUGUCGGGGGCUCGGGCAGGGCGCCCCGGUUACGUAGGUGACGCAGGUUACGCGUCCAGCCAGUCCCCCGGGGCCGCCGGGAGCCCGCGCAGACCGCUGCGCCCUCGCAGAGCCGGGCGCGGCGAUGGUGCGGGGCCGGGGCUCGACGUGGAGCUGAGGACAGUCGGGCCGACGCGCGAAGCCCUUCCCCGCCGUCGGGCUCGGGGGCUCUCGCCCGCCGGUUCCCAGCCGUCGGGGGCCCGCGUGACCUUCGUGCCCCCGCAGGCCCCGGGCCCCCCGCGGGAAUGUUCAAAAAUGAGUACCAGGGAGGUGCAUUUGUUGAAAUCUUUAGCGCUCAGGGCAAAAAUCCUGGAGCAAAAUGGAAGAUCGUUGGCAGUCCAUCUGUGAUUUGGAAGGAGUUUGAUAAAGAAGUUAAAAGUUUUGUGUUUGUCCUGGAAGGCAGCAGCCAAACAAACAAAAUUCAGUUACCAAGAGAGAAUAAGCAAAUCCUUGGACUGAUCCAGAGGUUUCUUGUACUUCAGAUUUACAUACCCCUGGGACAAGACUUCUCCACUGAAUUGCUAAUUACUGAUUUAGGAAACAUUAAAAGAAGAUUGUAUUUAUCAACGGUCCAUAAGGAACUGUCCUCAACUCCUCUUCAUGCAAAAAUCCCACUCUUCAUGAUCAAGCGCAAAAUUUGGUGCAAUCUGUGCAUAGACUUGGUAGCAUUUACCAGUGAAAUAUUCAAGGGAGCAGUGUUCCAGUCAUUGGAUGGAAUUAUUGUCUCAGCUAACUGUAAGCUACGGAAGAUCUUUACUUUAAAAUGCAAGCCUCAAGACACUGCUGAUAAAGAUGCUGGGAAAGCUGUUCCCUUUCCAACAGAUGAACCUACAGACAUUAUUCCACGGAGCUGCCAACUAACGACAGAUGUUCCACAAGUCACACAGCUGCUAAACAUGACUAAACUCCGCCAAACUGAAAUAAAAUUUGGUGGUCAUCCUCUAAAUUCGGCAGAAUCAGAUCAGUUCAUUAACAGGGGAACAGGUAGUACGCGGAACAGCAAACACCAAGAUGUUUGUCAUAUCGCUUUCGGAUCCAGAGUUCUGGGACCACCUCCACUCUCUGGCAGGAGGAAUAACAUGAGGAUAUCCAGUGAGACAAUAAGAUCCGUUGGAUCCAGAAAUACUCGAUCAUGCCAACAGUCUGUGGCCGAUAACUGUGCUAGCAGUACAGAGAUGGCAGCCUCACUGAGGCCUCAGUUUGAAGAGCAAGCAGAUAAAGAAAAUAUUUGCCAAAUAAAGCAAACUGUACCUGUUCAUGCUGAUCUGCAUGUUAUGCAUCCACAUCCCCCUCAAGAACCAUCAGCAGAUAAGAAUAAUAACAGGAGAAGAUUACGGUUAAAAAGCACCAGCAGAGAAAGGACAGAAGCACACAGCGGCAGUUCUUCAGGAAAUAGAAGGAAUGAAGAUAAAGCAACAGCUGCCCUGUUGAACAGCGGGUCCCAACAAAGCACGGAGAUGAAUUCCAGCUCUCCAGCACCGCCGUCUCCUGAUCAAACAGAUGAGUGGAUAUUUCCUGAAAACCAUGAUCGUAUUUCCCAUUUGGCGUCCAGGAGACAGUCUCUCCUUCCAGAUGAUGACUCCUGCCACACUUCACACCUGUGGCUAGAAGCCAACAGGGAAAGUGAACAUGGCCAACUGGCAGAGGAAACUCAGGUUGUUCGAAAGGACAUUUUCACUUUUUCAUCAAGACCACGGUCAGCACCUCAUGGAAAAACUCAGAAUAUGUCCCCAGAGGGAUGCCCAUUUAUUUUGGAUCUAAAAGAGGAUAUCAGCAUGACAAGAAGAGACACUGAAUCAGAGGAUGACUUUUAUGGCGGUGACAGCAGCGAAGAGGAUAACAACAGUAUCCAGGGCUCCCCAAGUCCAGCAGCUAGUCCUUCAGGGUUAACUCAGUUAACGUUAGAGAGCACGUUGGGGAAGGCUGCAAGGCGAACUGAUAAAGGACCUCUAAAAAGUGCCUACACAGAAGCAGGAACAUCAGAAAGCCAGAAUUCCUUGGCAAAGCAGAUAGAUAGAAAAGACUUUCAAAGGAGCAUGGUGCCUACGCCAUGCCUUUCUCCCCCUGGAAGAAGUGAAUCCUCUCAGAAAAUUCCAGAUCCUCUUAUCAAAGCAAAGGACCGGCCAACCCAUCAAGUACCAGCUUCAAUAAAUAAAACCUUGCUCAAGGAGACCUCAGGGGAAAAGUUGAGACCGAUUCCUGAAGUAUCUGAAUAUGAUUGGAGAAACUAUCAGCCCAGCCAGAUGAGUGAAUCUGAGUUGCAAAUGCUGGCAAGCCUGCGUCGGCAACAGAAUGAAGAACUGGAGGACACAGGGGCUUCCCACGGCCUGAGUGCAUCCCAGGUGGACAACUGUAACGUCAGCAUCAGUACCAGCAGUGAUGAUACAACCACUUGGAACUCCUGCCUGCCACCUCCUGUGAACCAGGGUCGCCACUAUCAGAAAGAAAUGAAUCCACCUUCUCCUUCUAACCCCCGGGACUGGUUAAAUAUGUUGAGCCCACCGAUUGUUCCUUCCAGUCGACAGCCAACGGACCAGCAUCCGGAUUCUUCUGGAAGCUUGAGUGCUCAAGGUGAAGAAGACCCAAGUGUGGAGGAGGAUGAGGAAGUGCUGACUCUGCUGUAUGAUCCGUGUCUGAACUGUUACUUUGAUCCCCAGACGGGGAAAUACUACGAGCUGGUGUGAGGUGCCCCCGCUUCAGGGCCCAGAAUGGCCAUGUCCAGGUGGGCCCACAGGAUCCAAAGCAAGUGAGAGAAAUGAAGUUAUUUUGUAAAUAACAUUCAAUGUUAAGGAUACCUCCAUUUUUUUUGUAGAUGCGUGUGAUUUUUUGGCAGUGAAAGAAUUAAUACAGAGACAAGAUUUUAGGACUUUGCAUUGGUUCUUACUGCUUAGUUCUCACCCUAUCAUUUUUUUUAUUGCCUUUAUCUUAUGGAAGCAAAUUAAGAGUUAUUAAUUCAAACUUUUUGCAGUGUUAAUCUGUAAAUGAUGGCUUGAUACACAGAAAUGUAUUCUUGUUUAAUAAGAUAUCUGGGUACCUUUUAUUACCUAUUUGUAUUAAAAAUAAAGUAUGAUGGGCAAAAGAAUACUUUUUAAACUGCCUCCGUUUAUUUACCUUACAUUCCUUACGAGAAUAUUCCAAGAUAAUAUUUACCUUCCUUAGACUCUUAGAAAAGGAAACACUGUGGACUGGUCAGACUUUAUGAUUGCAUUUUUGUUAGCACAGGCCCCACUGUUCUGUUUCAUUAAGGUCCAUCCAGAGUUUGCCAAGGAUCACAAUAUUGCUAAUCACUUAAGCUGCUUAGUACUAUGCUGUGCUUUUUUUGUUUGGGGGUUGUUGUGUUUGUGUUUUUUUGUUUUUACCAAUUA